AUGGUCUUGGAGGUGGAUAAAUUCAAACGUACAUUUGGAGACAUCCCCCACUAUAAAAAAGGUGAUAUUAAUGGAAAAGCUGCACAAUAUCACCUUAAAAUAGUUGUUGUUGGGGAUGGUGCAGUAGGUAAAACGUCGUUGUUGAUCUCAUAUACUCAAGGGAAGUUUCCUGAAGAUUAUAUUCCUACUGUGUUUGAGAACUAUGUAACGAAUUUACAGGGUCCAAAUGGUAAGAUAGUGGAACUUGCAUUGUGGGAUACUGCGGGACAAGAAGAAUACAGUAGAUUAAGGCCAUUGUCCUAUACAGAUGUAGAUAUUCUUAUGGUUUGCUACGCUGUUAACAGCAAAGUUUCUUUCUACAACGUCGAAGAGAUGUGGGUGCCUGAAGUUAGGCAUUUUUGUCCUGGUGUACCGAUAAUGAUCGUUGGUCUGAAAAGCGAUCUGUAUGCAGAAGAUGACAUAUCUACAUUCGUCGAUACGCUAGAAGCGGAGGAAAUGACUAAGAGAAUUGGUGCCUUUUUGCAUCUACAAUGCUCUUCAAAAUCCCAGCAAAAGGUGCGUGAAGUUUUCGAUACAGCUAUCACAGCAGCGCUGUAUGACGAACUCAAACCAAAAGAAAAGAUAAAGAGAUCGCGUCGAAAAUGUGUCGUCCUGUAA